CAGGCGCGUGGUAAUGAUGGCGGCGCUCAGUGAGACUUUCCCUGUCACUGGAUACUACUCCCGGCUCCUGCCCGCCGCCGCGGCAGCCCCGCUCCGAGCCCGCCCUUUGCAGCAGCGCCGCCGGGCAGGGGCCAAAGGCGCGCGUGGGGCGGCCGGCGCGAGGGGGCGCCGCGCAGCAUGGGGCUGCUGGAGCGGACGCGGAAGGAAUGGUUCAUUCUGGGGAUCGUGCUGGUGAUCGCCGUGGCGAAGCUGGAGCCCGCCGUCGGGGUGAAAGGGGGACCACUGAAGCCAGAAAUUACCAUAACAUAUAUUGCUGUUUCAGCUAUAUUCUUUAACAGUGGACUCUCAUUAAAAACUGAGGAGCUGACAAGUGCUUUGAUGCAUGUGAAACUACACCUUUUUGUCCAGAUCUUUACACUUGUGUUCUUCCCAACAGCAAUAUGGCUUUUUCUUCAAGUGUUAUCAGUCACACCUAUAAAUGAAUGGCUUUUAAAAGGUUUGCAGACAGUAGGCUGUAUGCCGCCUCCUGUGUCUUCUGCAGUGAUUUUAACCAAAGCUGUUGGUGGAAAUGAGGCAGCUGCUAUAUUUAACUCGGCCUUUGGAAGUUUUUUGGGUAUCAUUAUAACUCCACUUCUACUGCUGCUUUUUCUUGGAUCAUCCUCCUCUGUGCCUUUUACAUCUAUAUUCUCACAGCUGUUUAUGACUGUUGUCGUUCCUCUUAUUAUUGGACAGAUUGUCCGAAGACACAUCAAGGAUUGGCUUGAGAGGAAGAAACCUCCAUUUGGUGCUAUCAGCAGCUGUGUGCUCCUGAUGAUCAUCUAUACAACGUUCUGUGACACUUUCUCCAAUCCAAAUAUUGACCUUGAUAAAUUUAGCUUGAUUAUAAUAGUGUUCAUAAUAUUUUUUGUUCAGCUGAGCUUCAUGCUUUUAACUUUCCUCUUUUCUACAAGGAAUAACUCUGGUUUCACACCAGCAGACACCGUGGCUAUCAUUUUUUGUUCCACACACAAAUCCCUCACCCUGGGGAUUCCAAUGCUGAAGAUAGUAUUUUCCGGCUACGAGCACCUGUCGUUAAUUUCCGUCCCCUUACUUAUCUAUCACCCAGCUCAGAUUCUUCUUGGCAGUGUGUUGGUACCAACAAUAAAAUCUUGGAUGGUUUCUAGACAGAAGGCACUGAAAUUAACAAGACAGCCCAAAGCACCUGUGAAGGUAUAACAAUGGAAGCAGUCCGUGUCACAGUGAAUGUAUAUAUGUACUAUACUGUACACACACAGACAAUUGAGAAGACUGGUAUUUGUGAAUGUUGCUUUAGCGCAUAUUUUAUUUUUCUAUAUAUAUUAAAUAAGAGAUACCUGUUUAAGUGCCUUAAAAAUGCAUUUUUGGCAAAAGCAUUGAUUCCAGAAGCCACUUUGUUAGUUACUGCAAGAGGUUGUACAGUAUUUUGUAGUCAUUUAGUUUUUAUUUUUCUAACAGAACGAAUUAUCAUAAUAAUUAAAAGCUGUGUUCCCUUCAUCACCUCUCAUUUGAAGCUAGGAUGCACCACCUGUAAGUUAGUGUUUUAAACUAGCUAAAAUGACCAGGGGCUACGCUGGCUAACUUUAGAGAAGUGCUUUCUGAAGUUCUGUUCAAGAUUAACUUGAAUUUCUAUGCGAUUCUCUUCUCCUCCCUAGUCAUAUGACUGUGACAUGCCUUUUUCUUCUGAGUUUGUGUACACUCAGCAUGGGGCCAUCCAUUGGGUAGGAGCUGAGAAGCAUAAAUUAUUUGCAUUUCUUGACACUGUUGUCUAGACAUUCCUUCAAAGUUAAUGGUUUCUCAAGAAAUUUCUUUCAGUUCUGUAUUAUGAUAUUGUGGCAUUGUAUGUCUUAAGUGCAUCAUAAGCUUCUUCAAAGAAAUGGUCUGGUGCUUGGGUUAUGAGUGAAAUAUUUGUGUUUUGCAACUAAGAAGUUUUUUUUUUAUUAUUUAUCCAAGGUGAACACAUUUUUUUUCUUUUUUUCUGUUCUUUCUCCCAAAUGCAACACAGAGAUUUGCAGUGACAGGAUUUAGUUGCUAUUUUUAAAACAGAAUCUUUACCAUAGUAAAAGCAAAACUAAGUUAUAUAUUGUCACGUUAAUAAACCUCAUGAGGACAAGAAAGUUGACAGUUUUUUUCUCUAAUUGAGAAGGUUGUAAGGCAAAUUAAGAAGGAUGCUUCUAACAACAAAAACAUUAUCAUGGUUAAUUUUACAAUCAAUUGCAAAUAUUUUCUUUAAAAAUAUAGAAUUUUUUUUUUAAUAAACAGAGAAAAGGGACCAAGGAUACAUGGAGAACAGGUAUAUAGUUGAACACACAACAAGCACCUUAUUCAAAAUGUCAGGCAAUUAGAAUAGGUGCAUUAACAUGAAUUUUAAGAUGUACCUCUCUGCUGGAAUUGUGGUGGUGACUGUCCAUUAAAAAAUAAAAGGGAAAAAAAGAAAACUUCAAACAAUAAGAUAGAUAAAAGUACAGAGUUCAGAGGUAUCCUGUAUGUCACUAUUCCCCUUGCACUCAAUUGCAUUGCAAGCAUUAACUGCAAACACAAAGGGGGAGAUCCUCAGUUUCUCUGCCAUAGCUCCAUCGAGCUAUGAAGAUUUAUACCAGCUGUCGAUCUGUCUUAAGAUGCUUGGGAUGCAUGUCCCCAUGUGUUUGUCGAAUUAUUUUUCGCUGUAUCUCUCCUGUUAUUCCUGUUAUUUUUCGCUGUAUCUCUCCUGUUGGUUUAACAUAAGAGGAUUCCAUUUGGUGCCAAGCAGAGAUGCCUUGUGUUAGCAGAGGUCUGUAGUAGGCUGCUCCAUUGCCACUGAGAUUAAAAUAUCAGACAUUAUUACUGGCUGUCAGUGAUGUGUUUUGAAAUCAUCAAUCCCUGAUCAUAAAACAUGCAAGCAACAAAGAUUCUGCAAGGUGCUGACGCCCUCAGUUUCCAUUAACUAGAGUUGAACCAAUGAAACUAAACACGAAUGAGAGUUGAGGGUGCUCAGCGCCUUCCAAGAUUGGGCCUGUAUUAUCUAAGCUUCUUUUCAGCUGCAAAUAAUGCACAGAGCAGUGGCCAGUGAGCUCAAAGAUGUUUUUGAUAAGUGUGCCUUUAGAGGUGUGCUCAAACCCAGUUAUGAAAGUAGAUCAAACAUAAGUUUUUAGCUCCAAAUCAUAAGCUUCGCUUUAUCAAACGUUUUCCAUAAAGUGGCUCCAUAUGCAUCAAAAUUCCUUUACCUAAUGCUUAAGAACACUGAGAGCAGCCAAGGGUUAGCUAAAGGGCACAGUUCCAUUAUAGCUUUUUUGUUUUGUUUCCAUGAAUCUGUCUCUGAACCCUCAAAGUAUAAAAAGGCCUGAUCCAGCUCCAAUUGAGAUCAGUGAAUUUUUCUGUUGGCUUUAAUAGGCAUUGAAUCAAGCCCAAAGACAGCAUGAGUUUGUGGUUGACUGUUAUAAAUUAUUAAAAGAAUUCUAGCACACACAAUUGCUUUUCCCCCCUUUAUUGAUUGUGUCCUCUCUAAACAGUCAAUACACUGCUAAUAUUCCAACUGAUCUACCUCUAUGUACUGAAUCUAACGCCUUCGAUAAAUGCAACAACUAGUUUAGAUUCCGUUGAAAAUGUCUGUCUUUGUUAUAAUUUUAUUGUGUUAAAAAUAUUCUUAAGACUAUUUUCCAGAGAAUUUUGUUAGAUCCUUUAGUGUAAUUAGUGAUGGUUUAGAGCAGCCUAAAUGGUAUAUGUUUAUUCCUGUUUUUACAUAAAUUAAUGUUGGAUGUAUUAUUCUGAACAAGAGAUAAAGUAAAUCUGAAAUAAGUUUUUAAAUCCAUACUUAGUGGAACUUAAUUAUUCAUAUCCAAAAUAUUCUGUUAUGUUUAAAGAUGGUUAAGCUGUUCAUUUUAUGCCUUCAAUUAUGCUUACAUGCCUUUAUAAAAGGAACACAUGGGACUUAGUUUUGUUAAUGUGAAAUUAGGGGAAAGACAAACUUCCUUAUCAUCUGGGUCUGUGUUUUGCGGGUAGGGAGGGAGGGUUUGUAAGUUGAAGUUUCAUUCUUUUGUCAGUGAAGUUGUAGAAUUUUCUGCAUGUUCCUUUUUAAAAAAAAAAAAAGUGUGAAAACAAUUUUUAAAAUAUUUUACUAAUUAAAUUGAAAAAAAGUUCUUUGUCUA